UUACUAGUGAAGUGAAAAAGUGUGCCAUUCGCUUGACAGGUUUUUCCCCAAAAUGUGGCUCUCUGAUAAGACUGUGUAGAAACUUGACAGGUUGUUAAAUAGACACAUCGCUGAUUAUUCUGAUGCUCUUUAAAACGGUCCACUUUCCAACUUAGUAAUUCUGUGUCCGCAUGUUCAUGCUGUUAUUGGGUGUCGAACAUAAGCUAAGCGUCAUUGGGACAGCUUGGGGUGAAAUUAUUGAACAAUUUGUUUUUAAUCAGUGCUUCCCUCCAUGAGGAGCGUGCCUGUCACGAGGGGUGUGCCUUAUUAAUAUUAAACAGAGAUGCGCCUCUUCGUGCAGUGUUGUUCGCGCUUCUACUCUGGGAGGUGUGACGUCACGUGAGCGGCCCGUGUUCGUUCCAGCUGAGCGAAAAGAUCGGACGGUUCAAGCUCAACGCGUGCGGCAACUCACAUGCAGAGAGAACUGAACAGAAGGGGGUGACCACAGGGGGAAAAAGCGAUUGAGAGACUGCAUGGAAAAAAACGUCAACAUCCCACCAAUCGCACUACGCAGCAGAAAUUGACUCAGCAACACUUUCUUCGUUUUGUUUUCACUUGUUAUUUUGAGACGACGCAUUCAAGAGUUCAGCGCACUCAAGUUAUCGUUGGCAUUAUUGGAUUUUUUUGUAUUCUCCCAGAUUUUUUCCAUUCUCCACUGUUCUGUACUGGAACCAUAUCCGCUCAAUUGCUUCUUUUUUUCCCACACGUUGGACUUGGGCAUAACGCUAUUCUGGACAUUCGUCUAUAUAUAUAUUUUUUUAAAGUUCCAACAUAAGAUAAGCAAAUUUUCUGGAAGUACUGGGAAUGUUUAUUUUUAUCCACUCGACCAAUCUACAAUCAAAUGCAAGCAGAAUGGCACUCUUUGUUUAAACAUUUUAUUUUCAAAUAAAGUACUGAACCACUCACGCAUCUAGCGGGCAAGGGAGCUCAAUCCGGCAGACGUUGGAUGAUGGCCAGGCCGCUUUCACAGCUCCUUCCCCCGGACCUUCCCUCUGCCGGAGCCAGUCCGCAGUUUGCCAACAGUAACCAGGCAGGAGGCUCACUUAAUGGAGGACACUUAAACUCAACAGCAAACUUAAAGUCGCUCCUGCAGCUUCCCGUGAAGGGCGACCAGCGCGUCAAAGACUGUAGUGAAAUGAAGGGUAAGGACAGGUUGGAUAUGGAUGAGGACUCUCUUGGCCGUUGUCCUAUGCGCAACGGCUGCAACAAUGGACUAGCCACUGACAGCAAUGGAGCAGGCACUGGCAGCUUCUCAAACAGCAACAACAGUUCCUUCCUGGGCCCGUUGCUAUGGGAACGAACAUUGCCGUGUGAUGGCGGGCUAUUCCAGUUGCAGUACAUGGAUCUCGAGGAGUUUCUGACAGAGAACGGGAUGAGCAGCAUGCACAGUACCUCCAACUCCACCUCAGCUCAGAUACCCUCGCAAAGCUCUCAGUCGGCCAUUCCCAACCAGGGCUCCCAGUGCCUGCCCACCUCGCCCCCACACUGCUCCUCUUCGUCCUCACCGACAUCCUCCACCUCCUCUUCCUCGCCCUCUCUGCUUGGGCUGGACAUGCAUACGCCGCAAAGCAUGAUGGGAACGGGGAACGACUGCUUGCACGGCACUCCACCAGGCAGCUUGGAGCCAACACCCUCACCAUCUUCCACUACAUGUCCACCGCUCCCUACUACACCCAAUACUAACUGCAAUGAGGUGGUGCCGUCCUUUGACCCAGAUCCCGCAGACGUCGCACUGUCGAGUGUGCCUGGACAGGAGGCGUUUGACCCACGCAGGCAUCGUUUCAGUGAUGAAGAGCUCAAACCUCAGCCCAUGAUUAAAAAGGCUCGCAAGAUGCUUGUCCCUGAAGACCUAAAGGAUGAGAAGUAUUGGAGUCGGCGCUGUAAGAACAACGAGGCCGCAAAGCGUUCUCGCGAUGCCCGUCGACUGAAGGAGAACCAGAUCUCUGUGCGCGCCGCCUUCCUCGAGCGUGAGAACGCGACACUCAGACAGGAAGUAGCCGACAUGCGCAAAGAGCUCGGCCGGUGUCGUAACAUCCUGAACAAAUACGAGAGCCAUCACUUGGAUCAAUAAGAAGGAGAGGGAGAAAACGCAAAACCAGAUGAUGGAUGGAGAACGCAAUGAAUGUUCCUACGAUAGGCACGCUAAAAGACAGAUGGAAAGUGCAUCAAAUAUGGAAGGAUGUCUGAAGACGGCACAAGAGCUCAAGUUUCAAACUGGAGUGAGAGAGCAUGUCACCUCUCUUGACUUUUUUUUUUUUUCCUAGUAAGGUACAAUGGCAAGAUUUUAAUUAUGGAGAGAAAUGUAUAUUUUUAUAAGAUAGAACAAUGCUUAAUGGUGAAAGGAAAAUUUUGAAAUUGAUUUUUGUAUAUUUUCUAUAUCUUUGGGAGGGCUGUAAAGUAUGGACGGAGGGAACUGGUUGAGGUAUCUGUAAUUUAAAAUGAAUCGAUGAGGUAUUUUUGAAGCGAUCAACUGAAAAAUUGAAGCCUAGACUUUCACAGAACUUUAAAGAUUUAGAAAAGGACUUUCUAGAGAAAUUAAACUGUAAAAUACGGAGAAAAAAAAAUAUACCUUUAAAUUUGUAUAAAAAUGUUAAUAUAGAUUUAUUCAAGCACUUAAGUUGUUGUAAUAAACCUGUGUGUGAUAUUUUGACUGAGGACAGCCAAGGAUGAGGGGAAAUGACAGGUGCAUCUCAACAUUGUUUAUCAGUUUACUGCUGAUAUUUAUUUGUCAUUCUCAAAGGAAAACUAAACAUGUAAUGAUGAUACGGAGAUGGUUCAGAAAGACAUGCAUUAAUUGUCACAUAUUUUAUUGCCAUUUUUGUGUUUAUUUCCUUGGUGAACUCUGUAGGAUUCUUCUCAUCUUUUUAUAGGAAUCUGACUCACAGUUGCAAACAAAAAACAGCUUUUUAGCAACAGCACACAUCCACAACGUGCAGAUCGUAAGUGAACUUGCAGAGGCUGUUCUUGCUGUGCAAAAACACAAUUUGGACCUCUAUGGAUCGAAUAUAUAUAUAUAUAUAUAUAUAUAUAUGGGACGUGACUUUCAUCUGAUUGUACAGAAUGAUUUCUUAUCUUGGAAGCACGGGAAAUUGCAUUUCAGAACAGGUUGACAUGUAGACAUUUGGCUAUGUCUGCGCUUUUGCUGGUUUUGCACCUGUAUAUGCAAACACAUUGAAGCCAAUGGGCGCUCUUACUUUUAUUGAAACAAUAUUGAAUUUUUACAACCUGUUUACUGGUGUUAGUACAAAUGUUUCAAAAUCUAUUAGUUUUGUGGUUCCUCGCUGGUUCUCCAGUCAUGUAUGUUUCUUUCCUUAACGGCCAUUAAAGUAACUUCACUUAUUAUGAAUUAUUAUUGAUCUGAUCAUUAUUAUUACUAUUGUUGUUAAUACUACGAAUUAAUUCUUAUUUUUGUUGUUUUAUUUCCUUGAUAUUGUCUAUUUUAUGUUCCUUUAAAGAACUCCCCCAGAAGUCUCCUCUCAGCUGUGGAUAUUUUGUCAGUUCCUCUUUGUUACAGCAUUCAUCGUCAACACCGGUUAUAGAAGAAGUGUUGCCCUGACAGCCAGCUCAAUUUGUGUAUCAAAGGAACACUGGGAUAGAAAAAAAAAAAAACUGGUGCCCUAGGUGAUAACAAACUGCUUCCCCGAAAUAAAUGGAUUUUGUUCUCUUUAUUUCUGAGCACUAGCAUUAUAAACACCCAUCAUACCAUUUGCUCUGUCUUUCUCUUUUUUGUGCAUGUAGGUGUUUUAGCAAACCGCCUUUUUUACCCAGUAAUUUGCUGCCUGUUUCUCAUCAGUGACAAUAUACUUUUUGCAGAUGGAUUUUGGGGUAAUGUAGUCCUUACUUUUCUGCACUUCCUCAUGUGGAUGACUAUGAACAUUUUGUGUUGUGACUUGUUUUUUUUUUUUUUUUGGAUGUACAAAUGCCCUAAUGCAUCAGUGUUACCCACACUGCACCUAGCCAAAGUAAUGCAGGGGAAUGUAGUCUUUUUCUCCAAGACCACAAAUAAACUCUUGUUCUUACUCACUAAA